GCGCGGCCGGGCCUGCUCCCUCGGUGCCGGUGCCGGUGCCGGCCCCGGGGGCCCGGGCCAUGGAGACCCCCGGGGGGUCCCUGCGGGGCGAGAUCGGUUUCUGGGCUGAUAGGACCCCAGUCCACGAGGCAGCCAGGAGGGGGGAGAUCCUGCAGCUGCAGCAGCUGAUAGAGAGUGGAGCCUGUGUCAACUCUGUCACCUACGACUCCAUCACCCCGCUGCACGAGGCCAGCCUGAGGGGACAGACCCAGUGUGUCAAGCUGCUGCUGGAUGCAGGGGCCCAGGUGGAUGCCAGGAACAUUGAUGGCAGCACCCCGCUCUGCGACGCCUGCGCCUCGGGGAGCAUCGAGUGUGUGAAGGUGCUGCUGUCCCAUGGAGCCAAGGUGAACCCUCCCCUCUACACUGCAUCCCCUCUCCACGAAGCCUGCAUGAAUGGCAGCUCAGAGUGUGUGCAGCUCCUCAUUGAUGUGGGAGCCAACUUGGAGGCUCAUGACUGCCAUUUUGGGACACCCCUCCACGUGGCCUGUGCCAGGGAGCAUCUGGACUGUGCCAAGUUGCUCCUCAAGGCAGGGGCAAAUGUGAAUGCUGCUAAACUGCACGAGACAGCCCUUCACCAUGCAGCCAAAGUGAAAAACGUGGAUCUGGUGGAGAUGCUGAUUGAAUUUGGAGGGAACAUUUACGCCAGGGACAACCGAGGGAAGAAACCAUCUGAUUACACCUGGAGCAGCAGCCCCACAGCAAAGUGCUUUGAGUACUAUGAGAAAACUCCCCUGAGCUUGUCGCAGCUCUGCAGGGUCACGGUGAGGAAAGCUGCUGGGCAGAAGGCUCUGGAGAAGAUUGCCAAGCUAAAUAUUCCUCCACGAUUAAUCCAGUACCUCUCCUACAACUGACAGGAUGACACCUUGUAGCUCCUGCAGUGUGAAGUAGCUGUUUCUUUCUCUUCUACCUCCCCCAGCUCCCAGAAAUUAAUUUUAAUCCCAGCAAACGGGUGUAAAUAGUAUUGAUGAGGCAGCACUUCAUGCCCUUCCUCUUCUCCGUGGGUGGAGACAAGCUCAGGCAAGGUCUAGCACUGGUUUGGGGGUGUAACCUCUCCUGGGGGGUGAUCUGUUGGAGUGUCACUGUGCUUGAGGCUGUAGCUCGAUUUCCUGGUUGGAGAAGACCUUCAAGAUCGAGUCCAACCACUACCCCAGCUCUGCCACAUCCAGCACUAAGCCCUGGCCCCUGGCACCUCAUCUGUCUUCUUAGAUGUCUCCAGGGAUGGUGGCUCAACCACCUCCUUGGACAGCCUGGCUCACCCCGUCCAACUCCCACCCCAGAACAGGACAACCCUAAAAUUCACACCACGUGAACACAGUUUUGCCUCAUUUUUACAGUUGUCUAACCUAAAGGCAUCUCCCCAUCAUCUAGCCAGGCUCCCUUUGCAGCCAGUGAAGAGAGACAGGUGCUUGUGGAGCAUGAUCCACCUGUCCUGUUUUAGCUGGGGUGACACAGUGUCCCCCAGGAUCACCUGUCUCCACUGGCUGGAAAGGGAUUUAGAGGUGAUGCCCUCGGAUGUGGACACCUGUGUUCCUGCAGUGGGACUGCUGGCUCCCACCUCUGUGUUCAGAACUCGAGUGACAACUGCCCACAUGCCAAGGGACAAAGCUUGAGAUGCCCCUGUGUGCUCAAGCUGGAGGCAAAUUAAGUCCCCAGUAGGCUCAGGAUUAAUUAGGAGGCACUGCAGCUGGCUGCUGGCUUUCCAUGAAGAUCAGGAGGGCUUUGGCUCAACACCAGCAGUGGGGACAAACUGCUGCCAGUCCAGGGGUGACUUGGCCCAUGCUCCUUCCUCCCUGAAGAUGAGCCAGCUCUUACUGUGGGCUCAUCACCACAUCCAAUUUUCAAGCCCAAGCCAAGAAGUUCUCUCAGCAGGUCCAAGGAUGCUUCCCCUUCAGUUGGCUGGUCCCAAACAAUAUUUCUCCUCUUGCUCUGAGCCACUGUGGCCACUCUGUUGGCUUGAUGUGCAAUAAGUGGCAGAGCUGCUGCCCAGUGGUGCCUGAGGCAUGGUGAGGGCACGUCCCUUGUCCCUGAGGUUUGUUCCCACAGUGAGGGCAGCAGGAGGGCUGAGUUCUGCCUUGGAUUUUGAGUAUUAUAGUUUUAUUUCCCUCCCCCUUCUGUGUUUCUCUCUCUGAGCUGGAGCCUCCUCGGGGGUUGGCAGCAGGAGCCCUGAGUCCUCUGCUUCUGGGCGUUGGGUUCAGAUCCUUUGGCUUCAGCAGAGGUGACUGGAGCCCUUGUCUGUGGGUGAUUUAAACCUUCAGGGUGACAGUUUGUAUCAGCAGAGCCAGAAUUGUCACCUGCCUUCCAGACGAGACUUUGUGUCUACUCCAGAGGCAGUGACCCAGGUGGUGCUAAGGGGCUGGAGCUCCCUGAUGUCCCCAUGAGCAAGUCUGAGCACCGUGGUGGGAACAGAUUCCUCCUCUGGAUGGUGGCAGGUGUCACAAACCCCACUGACUCAGGGCUCUCCACAUCCUGCUGUCAACUCCCCCAGCACCAGGGGGCUCAGCUCAGGAGGGAGGGGGGGGAAAUACCAUAAGCACAGGGUUCAAGAGCUGAGGUGGAACUUGAAUGCACUUUAAUGGUGACCAGCAAACCACUUGGUAUUUGAAUUUUUGGUCAGGUUUGUGCCCCCCACCCCUCCCUUCAUCUGUUUGGUUGUUGGUUGUUUGUUGUUUUGUUUUUUCUUUUGCUGUGCAGUGUCAUAUAGGACAGAAAAGUUCUCAAGGUCCUGCCUUUUGGGGGAUUGUUUUAUAAUUCUCAUGUGUGUGUUUAAAGUAUCAGAAAUGUGAAUUUGCCAAGAAGCUCAGGGAAGCCCUAGAGAUGGUUGUGGUGGGAUUCAUCCCUGUGAUGGGCAGGAUGGAGGUUUUGCCUUGUGUCUCUCUCAAGAAAAGCUUCCUCUGCCCAACCUGCAUGUCCUUACAGAUAAAUAGAUAUUAGGGAAGUGCAGCCUUUGGUAGCCUGGGGUGAAAACCUCCCCUCUUGGUUCACAUCCCUUAUUUCACAUACUCACAUCCCUUAUCAGGUGGCUUUUUUAACACAGCCUAAGCUGGUGAGAUACUGAAAUGGUGGAGUCCCAAGUUUCCAAUGUGAAAACAAAAGAAGAACCAAGAAUAAAACUGCAAGCUCCUCUUUACACCA